CCAUUUGCUUACAAUUCAAUCAAUUACUUCACUCAUAUAACUUGAAAACUACUACUUAUAGAAACUACUAUAAAUAGAUAUAUAUACAUUACAUACAUGGAUUCAUAUUACCUUUUUCCUACAAUAUCUUCAUCCCCUUCAAGGUAUCAUUACAACACCAAUAAUAGUACCAAUAUUGGAGAUACAAAUACUUAUUCAGAAUCAGAAGUGAUGUUGGCUUCAGAAAACCCGAAAAAACGGGCCGGAAGGAAGAAGUUUAAGGAAACCCGACACCCGAUUUACAGGGGAGUAAGAAGCAGAGACAAUGGCAAAUGGGUUUGUGAAGUGAGAGAUCCAAUUACACAAUCAAGAGUGUGGUUAGGGACACAUACAAAUGCUAUAAUGGCAGCCAGGGCACAUGACGUGGCUGUUUUAGCCAUGCGGGGUCCAUCCGCGUGUCUAAAUUUUGCUGACUCAGUGUGGCGGCUGCCCGCCCCUGAGUCAAAUGAUAUAAAAGAUAUACAAAAGGCCGCGGCGGAGGCGGCCGAGACAUUUAGACAUAUGAAAGAAGAUGAAAUACAAGUUGUGAUGAUGAUUGAUGAGGAGAUGCCGGAAAAUGAUGAUCAUGAGUGUUAUGUGGAUGAAGAAGAUAUGCCCGGAUUUAUUGACAGCAUGGCAAAUGGGCUCAUGGUAUCCCCACCUGAAAUGGUGGGGUAUGGUAACUUUAUAAAUGAUUUGGACUUCAGUGAUGAGAUGACUUUAUGGAGUUUUUAGGCCAUUAUUUGUCUUCGGGCUUUCAUAUAUAUAUUUUUUAAAUUUUUUUAUUUGUCUGCUGUUUUAUUGUCCGAAUUUUCCUUUAGGAGCAAAAAAUCUAUUUGUGGACAAUUUAACGUAAAUAAGAUAUGAACACAAUUUCGUACUGUA